AUGAAUGAAACAAAUUACACAGAGGUGUCUGAAUUUGUGUUUCUUGGACUUUCAACAUCUAGACCAAUACAACAUUUCUUCCUUGUCUUCUCUAUGGUGUUUUAUGUAGCCAUUGUGCUGGGAAACACCCUUGUUGUGCUUACAGUGGCCUUUGACCCACGUUUACAUUCCCCUAUGUACUUUCUUUUGGGAAACCUCUCAUUCAUUGAUUUAUGUCUUUCCACCUUAACUGUUCCCAAAAUGAUUUCUGAUCUGUACUCUGGGCACAAUACCAUCUCAUUCCAGAGCUGUGUCUUCCAGAUAUUUGUCCUUCAUGUCUUAGGAGGAUGUGAGAUGGUGUUGCUGAUAGCCAUGGCCUGGGACAGAUAUGUGGCCAUAUGCAAGCCCCUCCACUACCUGACCAUCAUGAGCCCAAGGACUUGCCUUUUGCUUCUUUCUGGUGCUUGGAUUAUUGGGUUCCUGCAUUCAGUGGCCCAGUUAGCUUUUAUUGUCCAUUUGAGAUUUUGUGGUCCUAAUAAGAUAGAUAGUUUUUACUGUGAUCUUCCUAGGUUCAUCAAAUUGGCCUGCACAGACACUUACAGAAUGGAAUUCAUGGUUGCUGCCAACAGUGGCAUCAUUUCUAUUGGCACCUUCUUUUUAUUAAUUGUUUCCUACAUUCUUAUCCUGUUCUCUGUAUGGAAACAUUCAUCAGGUGAUUUGUCCAAGGCUCUCUCCACACUUUCUGCUCACAUCUCUGUGGUGGUUUUGUUCUUUGGACCAUGCAUCUUCGUGUACAUGUGGCCAUUUCCUACUGUCCCAGUGGAUAAGUUUCUUGCCAUUCUGGACUUCAUGAUUACACCCAUCCUGAACCCUGCCAUUUACACACUGAGGAACAAAGACAUGAAGGUGGCAAUGAAGAGACUAAGUGAUCAGCUUCUGCAUUUUAGGAAAAUGUCCUGA